AGGGGCCUGUUGCACAAAAGUAGAAUUAAGACAUCCGGGAUAAAUGACUCAGCUGAGCUCAAUGAAGCCAAAACAUGUGCGUCCAGGCUUAAUUGGUUGCACAAAGACCAAGCCAGGAUGAGCAGACACGGAUUCAUUAAGCCAGGUGAAACCAAUCCUGGAUAGGUGCGCGCUCACGGCUCACUCAAAUAGACCCCGCCACAGAUCACAGAUUAACUGAUUUACCAUGGCAACUAGAGCCGCGUACUUUUCCCCGUCGGAAGCACAAAUCCUCAUGGAGGCAUACGAGGAGGUAAAAUAUAUAAUUAAGAAGAAAAGAGAAAAAGCGUGGCAAAGUAUUGCAGACCGCCUGAAUGCAUUAAACAUGAACGGGCCAAAACGGACAUGGCAGCAGGUCAAAAUCAAAUACAAGAACAUUCUGCAGAAUGCAGUGAAAAAGAAUACCCACAGACAAGGCACGGGUGGUGGGUCACCAAAGGCUGACCUUACCCCAGCAGAGGACAUGGCCUUGGAGCUAAAUAAAGGCAGGCCCGUCUUAGAGGGGAUCCCUGGGGGGAAAGAGACGAGCAUAGGUUCCUCCCAAGAUGCCACCCGCUUCAUUCAAGUGCCUGGCAGCACUGUGUUCCUGUUAGAGCCACCAGCACAAGCACCAGACGAUGCUGAUCCAGGUGAAGGCCCCAGUGCAGCAGCAACAGCACAUGAUGGAGACGAUGAUGAGGAGGAGACCAUCUCUCUGGAUUCCAGAAGGCAUGAGGACCCAGAUGCUAUACAGUGGGAAAACCAGCCUGGCAACAUAAGCUCACAAGCUAUCAGAAAGUUGUAUGGCAACCACCUCCGGCGCCAAAUAGAACUGGCAGACAGACAUUCAGUACAAGAAGAAAAAGAUGGAAAAUCUUGCACUGGAGUCCGAAAUAAAAAAGAGGACAAUUAGGAAACUGGACCUUGAAAUAAAAAAAAACUUGAGAGGGAGCUCCAAGAAGAUGACACAGCUCAAAAUAAAAAUUAGGUAUAUUCUCGUAAAGUCAAGUGAGCCAUGACAUAUGAGCUCUUAUUGUGAGCACACAGGACGGUGGCAUCUUUCUAAGGUUUUUUUUAUUUUCCCAGCAAUCAGUACAACCAAGUCAUCGUUAUAAGGCAUCGCCCUCUUUUGCCCACCCCCCCAGCACCAGGUGUGGCCACUAGCCUAUAUGAAGGCCCAAAAUUGUGUGUUCCUUUCUGCUCUGACAAUGGCAUGCCCAUUCGUGCGAGAUGUGGUGGAUGAAGAAGCACUUGUGCUGAGGAGAGCCUUCAGGCGAGAAAGGGUCUUCAGGGACCGGUUGGACCCACUGGCCUUCCCUGAUGACCAUCUAUAUGAAAGAUACAGGCUUUCUGCAGAUGGCAUCAGGUAUCUAUGCAGACUACUGGGUCCCAGGAUUAAGCACCGCACUGCACGGAGCCAUGCACUGAGUGUGGAGCAAAUGGUUUGUGUGGCCUUGCGCUUUUUGCUAGUGGAGCCUUCCUGUACUCAGUGGGGGAUGCAGAACAGCUGAACAAGGCCACAAUUUGCCGCACAAUAAGGAGUGUGUGUCUGGCUAUCAAAGCAUUAGCAGAUGUCUUCAUCUCCUUCCUGGCCACAGAAGACUCUGUGACAUCAAAGAGGAGUUCUAUAGGAUUGCAGGUUUCCCCAAUGUCAUUGGUGCAGUGGACUGCACACACAUAAGGAUAAAAGCCCCCUCAGGUGCCCAUGAGGCCGAUUUUGUGAAUAGGAAAUCCUUUCACAGCAUUAAUGUUCAGAUGGUCUGCAAUGCUGACUGUGUGAUCAGCAAUGUUGUGGCAAAAUGGCCUGGCUCAGUCCAUGACUCCAGAAUCUUUCGGGCCUCUGAAAUCUAUCACAAGGUGAAUUCUCUGGUGUGUUGCUGGGAGACAGGGGGUAUGGCUGCCAGCCUUUUCUCCUGACACCUUUCACAGACCCCCAGGAAGCACAGCAGGCCUACAACCAUGCCCAUGCCAGGACCAGAGUUGAAAUGACCUUUGGCCUCCUGAAGGCACGCUUUCACUGCCUUCACAAAUUAAGGGUCAGCCCUGUUAGGGCAUGUGAUAUUACUGUGGCUUGUGCUGUCCUCCACAAUGUGGCCUGCCUGAGGAAGGAGAGGGCCCCCAGAGUGCCACCAGCCAUGGACUGGGACAAUCCGGCAAUCUUCCCUGAUGACGACAGUGGUCGGCUGCUGAGGGACCAAUAUGUGUUGAAUUAUUUUAGUUAGUAUGUGUGCUUUCAAUUUUGGUUAAAUAUGUCCUGCGGUGGCAGAGGAAUUUGGGUUUUUUUGGGUUCGUUUUUUGACGAAUUUGGCCUCUUAUGAUGUUUGUGCGGUAUACUGUGUGUAAUACAAGGCUGCAGGGAGGCUACUGCAUCCAUUCAUUUGUCUGUUCAGUUGAUGUGUAUGGAUUUGUCCUGCAUUUAUUUUAGUGUGCAGACAUGCAGGGUGUGUUAUAUACAGACCUUUGAAUGUGUAUGUAUCAUUUUGUAUAAUAUGCUUGGAUUCUGUGCUUUCCAUCUUGUAGAGUCACUGUGACUUCAGUUUCGAAAGGAGCUGAUGGUUUACCUGCUUUGUUUUGUCCUUAUUCAAUAAAGGAACAUAAUGUUACACAUUGUGUUUUUAUAUUCA